UUGAUUGCUCGGCGAAUCUAUGGAAAUCUAAGCAGCCACAAAACAGCUGCUUUUCUUUGUUAUUUUUUAAACCAAUUACUGUAGACGUGGAAUCAUAAAUAAGAGGAAUUCGCACCUUAGAUUUCCUCGGGCCAGACCGUUGGGUCAGCUCUGUGCCCCAAAAUAUCCAGAGGAAGGUCGCAGUAACUGUGUGAACUUCCGACUUAGUACACGCAACAGAAAUUAUUGGAUGACUUAGCCAACACACGAGACGAGGUGAAUAAUAGCAAAGAUCAGUCGCGUUUAAAAUAAGAAUGUACUUUAUUUAUUUUAUAAAAAUGGUGUUUUUAUGAUGGGGUUAGAAAUAUAGGUCAAAUUUACAAGGAAUGAUAAAAUAUUGGACAUCAGAAAGAAGAAAUAUUGAGAGAAAUUAGCUGUUGUUUUGGUUGGUUUGAGAAAACGGUAAAUCCAACAUGGCCGACGUUGAUCCAGAAACACUUUUAGAAUGGCUUCAGAUGGGCCAAGGAGAUGAAAGGGAUAUGCAAUUGAUUGCCCUUGAACAAUUAUGUAUGUUGCUUCUGAUGUCAGACAACGUGGACAGGUGUUUUGAGAGUUGUCCACCAAGAACUUUUCUACCAGCUUUAUGUCGGAUAUUUCUAGAUGAAUGUGCCCCAGAUAAUGUAUUAGAAGUUACAGCUCGUGCCAUUACAUACUAUCUUGAUGUCUCGGCCGAAUGUACCAGGCGUAUUGUUGCCGUCGAUGGCGCCAUCAAAGCUCUGUGUAACAGAUUGGUGGUGGCAGAAAUGUCCUCUAGAACAAGCAAAGACUUAGCUGAACAAUGCAUCAAGGUGAUGGAAUUAAUCUGUACAAGAGAAUCAGGAGCUGUUUUUGAAGCAGGCGGAUUAAACUGUGUUUUGACUUUCAUACGAGAACAUGGAUCACAAGUCCAUAAAGAUACUCUUCAUUCUUCCAUGUCAGUUGUAUCGAGAUUAUGUGGUAAAAUGGAACCGCAGGAUGCAGCGCUUGAGAAUUGCGUGGAAUCGCUUUCAACCCUUCUCGAACAUGAUGAUUCAUAUGUAUCUGACGGAGCUCUAAGAUGUUUUGCAUCUUUAGCUGAUCGUUUUACACGAAGAGGAAUCGAUCCAGCCCCGCUAGCAAAACACGGUCUGAUAUUGGAAUUAACGCAACGACUACAUCAAGUUGGUGACGUGAGUCACAAUGUUUCCAUAACCAGUACCCCAGGAUCAUCCAGUAUGUCGGCUGAUUCUAAAUCUAGUCCCAGUAUCUCAACAGUUAUAAGCCUAUUGUCUACGUUAUGUCGCGGAUCACCUGGUAUAACCCAUGAUUUGCUCCGGUCGGAUUUACCCGAUGCUAUCGAGAGUGGAUUACGAGGGGAUGAAAGAUGUUGCUUGGAUACAAUGAGACUGGUUGAUCUGCUGUUAGUUUUAUUGUUUGAGGGACGUAAAGCUCUACCUAAGACAGGUGUGUGUAGUAUAACCAGUCGUCUACCUGGAUUACGACGAACAGAUAGCGCUGGUGAACGUUCACACAGACAGUUGAUAGACUGUAUACGUAGUAAAGAUACAGACGCACUUAUAGAUGCCAUCGAUAACGGAUUUGAAGUCAAUUUUAUGGAUGAUGUAGGACAAACUUUAUUAAACUGGGCUUCAGCUUUUGGUACCCAAGAAAUGGUUGAGUUUUUAUGUGAGAGGGGAGCCGAUGUAAAUCGUGGAUUACGAUCUUCAUCGUUACAUUAUGCUGCUUGUUUUGGUCGACCACAGAUUGUCAAGACAUUAUUACGAUAUGGAGCUAACCCUGAUUUACGUGACGAGGAUGGUAAAACACCGUUAGAUAAAGCAAGAGAACGGGGAGAUGAAGGACAUCGAGAAGUGAUUCAGAUUCUACAAUCACCAGGUGAAUGGAUGGUACCUGUACACAGAGAAACAUCAACAGCUGAAGUGGAAACUAAAGAGAAGAAAGAAGAAGUCAGUGAACCAGAAAAAGUAGAAGUUGUCGAAGCUAAAGGUGAUCCAGAGGUAGCACCUCUCUAUGUUAGAAGAUUAUUACCUACCUUUACACAGGUGUAUCACAGUUCUAUGUUGGCUUCAGUCAGGAAAGCUACCCUGUCAUUGAUGAGAAAGAUGUUACAUUAUAUGAGUGAACCUUUACUAUAUGAUAUGUGUAACCCAGAGUUUAUUAGCCCAAACUUCGCCUCAAGUUUAACAGAAGUUUUAUCAACAGUAUUAGAUACAGAGGAUGAUGAUGAUGGCCAUCAUACCGUGUUGUUAAUCAUGCAAGAUCUUAUGAUCAAAGGACAGAAUAUAUUUUUAGAACAUUUUGCUAGACUUGGAUUAUAUGGCCGUGUCUUGUCUCUGGCAGGUCCUGUCAUAGAUGAGGAAGAAGGAGCAAAAGCCAAAGAAGAAAAGAGUGAGGAUUCCUCAUUAGAAGAUGGUAAAGAUAUCGUUCAGGGUCGUCCGUAUCAUUGGAGAGAUUGGUGUAUAGUACGGGGUAGAGAUUGUCUAUAUUUAUGGAGUGAUGCUGCAGCGGUUGAAUUAUCUAACGGAAGUAAUGGAUGGUUUAGAUUUAUAUUAGACAGUAAACUGGCCACUAUGUAUUCUAGUGGUAGCCCUGAAGGUGGAUCUGAUAGCUCAGAAAAUCGUGGAGAAUUUUUAGAGAAAUUGCAGCGAGCGAAAUCCCAGAUAAAAGUUGGUUUAGCGAGUCAGCCGAUUUUAUCUCAUCCUAGUUCUACGAGAUUAGUUAUAGGUAACUGGUCGUUGUCGUGUAAAAAAGAAGGUGAAUUACAUAUACAUAACUCAGACGGACAACAGCAAGCGACCAUAUUAAAGGAAGAUUUACCAGGUUUUAUUUUCGAAUCAAAUCGUGGAACAAAACAUUCCUUUACAGCUGAAACAUCUCUAGGACCAGAAUUUGCCGCUGGAUGGGCUGGAAAAAAGAGUAAAAAAUUAAAAUCAAAAGUAGAUGCUAUACGAACGAAGGUACGAAGUGUAGCAAGAGAUUUAUAUGAAGAUUAUUUCCGGGAAGCCGAGGCCAAACCACGAGGCGUAGUAGCGAAAUUAUUUACAAUAGUCCAACAAUUAGAAGCAGCUUGUGCUAAACAUAUCAGUCAGAUCAAGGGUGCCGAUGAUGAAAUGGUGUGGGCGCAGGAGAUGAAGAAUGCUUUAAAUGAAUUAGUGACUUUAUUAAAAGACGAACAUACGAUAUCAUCAUUUGAAUUAUACAGUAGCGGUCUUGUUCAAACUCUACUUAAUAUACUUAAUAAUAAUAUAAAUACUGAAAUUCCCUGUUCUAAAGAAAAUAAAAGAAGAUUACGUGAAAGAAUUAAUAUUUUUAAAUCUGUGUUUCAAGAAAAGGAGAGUCUCUCUGAGGAGGGAGGUGUAUCACCAGCGAUACAGAUGACUCGUAAACUAAUAGCAGCAUUAGAAUCUAUAGAGAAAUUACCUGUACAUAAUUACGAUCUACCUGGAUCAGGCUAUGGACUUCAGAUAUUAACAAGGAAACUGAGGUUCCGAUUAGAACGUGCAUCAGGGGAAAGCACUCUGAUUGAUAGAACAGGUAGAAGCUUGAAGAUGGAACCAUUAGCAUCUGUAGCUGAUCUUGAGAAAUAUUUACUUAAAAUGGUAGCUAAACAGUGGUAUGAUUAUGAACGUAAUACGUUUAACUUUGUAAAGCAAUUGAAGGAACAAGAUGCCACCAUGACUUUCGCACAUCAGAGUGAUUUUGAUGAUAAUGGUCUGAUUUACUGGAUAGGUACAAACGGCAGGACUACGACAGAUUGGGUAAAUCCUGCCCAGUAUGGUUUAGUGAUGGUGACGUCAUCAGAAGGUCGUAAUCUGCCGUAUGGUAAACUAGAAGAUAUACUGAGUCGAGAGAGUGCUGCGUUAAACUGUCAUACAAACGAUGAUAAGAAAGCGUGGUUUGCGAUUGAUCUCGGUGUAUGGAUUAUACCCACAGCCUAUACACUACGACAUGCCAGAGGUUACGGAAAAUCUGCUUUAAGAAACUGGCAGUUUCAGGUAUCUACUGAUGGUUUAACAUGGACAACUAUUAAAGAACAUUCAGAUGAUAGUUCUCUUAAUGAACCAGGAUCUACGGCCACCUGGGUUUUAGAUCCCUCUAAAGAUGAGACACAGGGAUGGAGACAUAUACGCUUACAACAGACGGGUAAAAACGCUAGUGGACAGACACAUUAUUUAUCAUUAUCUGGUCUGGAGAUUUAUGGUACAGUUUCAGGUGUUUGUGAUGAUAUAGGCAAAGCUGCUCGUGAAGCAGAAGCAACAAUCAGACGUCAGAGACGACUUUUACGAACACAUGUGUUGAAACAGAUGUUACCAGGAGCUCGUGUAGUUAGAGGAAUGGAUUGGAAAUGGCGAGAUCAGGACGGAAACGGUGAAGGUCUUGUUACUGGAGAAUUACAUAAUGGUUGGGUUGAUGUGACGUGGGAUAAUGGAGGAUCUAACUCUUAUCGCAUGGGUGCGGAGGGAAAAUACGACUUAGCUUUAGCCCCUUCUCACGACCCAGAGAAAUUACGGUUUUAUAAACCGGAGCAGGGAGCUGUUGGAGGUUUAAAGGGGAGAGCAGGAGCCUCGGUCUCUGAUAAAGUCAAGGUCAGUGUAUUGACAAGUCGUAAGAGCAGCUCAACACCUAGUCUAAGUGACGUCAGUGAAACUAAAGCAUCGGUUGCCAGCACGGAACAAGCUUCGUCGGCUGAAAAUCUCACCUCAUCUAUCAAAGCUGCGGCGGAAUCUGUAGCCGAAAGUAUUUUAAAUCGAGUGAUGGUAACAGUUGAUCCAGCUGAUGAUUCAGACGGAACAGUUACAAGUGGUAGUGAACCUGUUAUAGUUCUGCAUCGCGGUAACGAAGAAUUAUCACGAGACAGCCAUUUUGGUUUGAUGGAUUUAGUUAGUGGUGUUGAAAACAUGGAUUUAGGAUCCGUCCCAGAACCAAUCCGAGGAGCCGAAGGUGGAGUCCGACCUCCUCAUCUAGAUAAUAAAACAAGAUCGGAAGCGAGGAAGAAUGACGCCCAGACGAGAAGCUCCCCGACAAAUUUAAUGAGUGCUAGUGUGCCUAAUUUACCUACCAGUAUGGAACAGACAGUCAGUCUGCUGGAUACAUUCGCAGCGGCUGUAGCCAGACGUAAUCUGGGAACUAAUAACGGGAAUAAUAUUGUACGGAAUGCCAAUGCUAGCAGUUUAGUGCGUUUAGCUUUAUCCAAUUCUCCUAAUAAUUUAUUAAGUGCUGCACAGAGUUAUCCUAGUUUAACCAAUUCAACAAAUGCUACAUCUAACACCCUGACCACCACUCAGACCAUGGCUAAUGUCACAUCACUGAGUCAAGCCUUGACCAGAAGUCUCACCUCAACAUCUAGUGAAAGCGACAAUGAGUUUCUUGAAACGUGUCGUGCGUCGACUUUACUUGGUGAAUUAGAAGAUGAUGAAGAAUUACCUGAACCUGAUGAUGAAGAUGAUGAGAAUGAGGAUGAGAAUGAAGAUGAUGAAGAUUAUGAUAAUGUGAUGAUCUCGUUACAGGAGGAAGAAGAGAUGGAGUCAAGAGAUCGUCGAACCUGGGAUGACGAACUUGUCUUGAAGCGACAAUUCUCAGCCCUUAUACCUGCCUUUGAUCCCCGACCUGGUCGAACCAACGUAAAUCAAACUCAAGAUUUUGAUAUGCCCGCACCAGGAAGUGAAGAAUGUUCUUCACCAGAAGUAAAAGAAACAGUAUCUCAACCAAGAUUAAUAUUAUCAUUACGAUCUCCAUGUCUACCUGGGAUGAAUGAUGAAGAAUUCCAGUUAACAGAUGGUAAUGCUUGUAUAUUUAAAUAUAUCCAGACUUUAUUAUUACAAGGUUCCAGUAGCGGACGAACAGAACGUUUACGUCGGGUCUGGGAACCUACUUAUACGAUUGUGUAUAGAGAAUUAAAGGAAGAUGGUGAAAAAGAUUCAGAAACUCAGAGCAUUCGAUCGUCCCAGAGCAUGGAGAAAUAUGUGAAUUGGCGAAAUGCAUUAGGUGAUCGUGAUGCUGCGAGGAGUAUGGACCAAUCAACCUGUAGUGUAGAGCAUGUAUUACAAUUAUUACAGAGAUUAUAUGCUAUAGCACAGGAACAAACAACACCUAGUAAACGUAAUGAUGGAAGUGAUGUACUGUUGAACAUUCCAAUAGAUGAAUUUAUCAGUAAAAAAAUCACCAAUAAGGUUGUUCAACAGAUUCAAGAUCCGUUAGUUUUAGCCAGUCAUUCCCUACCUGAGUGGUGUGAACAUCUAACACGAUGGUGUCCGAUGGUAUUCCCAUUCGAUACACGACAGCUCUACUUUAUCUGUACAGCUUUCGGAACAUCAAGGUCUAUAGUAUGGUUACAGAAUAAACGUGAUGCAUCAAUAGAUCGUAUCAGAAGUCCCGUACCACGUCGAGAUGAAGGACAUGAGUUCCGCGUGGGUCGAUUAAAACAUGAACGUGUUAAAGUACCACGAGGUGAUGAGUUAUUAGGUUGGGCUAUGCAAGUCAUGAAACAUCAUGGAAAGAGAAAGGCUGUACUUGAGAUUGAGUUCCAGAGUGAAGAAGGAACAGGUUUAGGCCCAACUUUAGAAUUUUACGCCCUUGUUGCAGCUGAAUUACAGAAGAAAUCUCUUGGUCUCUGGUUGUGUGAUGACACCAUUCCUGAUAAAUAUGAACGAGAGAUUGAUAUUGGUCAUGGUGUUAAACCACAAGGAUAUUACGUUCAGAGAAUCGGGGGACUAUUCCCAGCCCCGUUACAGCAGGAAAGUCCGGACAUGGAACGUGUGGAAAGACAUUUCCAUUUCCUCGGAACUCUUCUAGCAAAAUGUUUACAAGAUAACCGCCUUAUUGAUCUGCCUCUGUCUCGUCCCUUUCUUAAAUUACUGUGUCUUGGAGACGUUGGACAAAAUAUAACGAAACAGAACCGGGAUCUUUCUCAUCGCGGUCUGAGUGGCAUGUUAGAAUCGUGGCACAGCGAAUCAAGCGAUAUGAUCACAAGUAUCGAGGAAUCAGAGAAAGAGAUGAGAAUGGAUCGAUCUCGCAUCAGCAUGACUCAGGCGUGGUAUCAUGGCGUCCUCACAGACGAAGAUUUUGAAUUGGUGGAUCAGCAUAGAGCUACGUUUUUACGACAACUACGAGAAUUGGCCGCUAAGAAACAGAGAAUAUUGAAAGACCGAAGUAUAUCCGAAGAUCAGAAGAAUAUUUUAUUAGAAGAAUUAUGUUUACCUGGUACGGAUGAUCACCCCAUGCUCGUUAGAUUGGAGGAUUUGGGUUUAACAUUCCAGUUUAACCCAUCAUCUAAAGUUUAUGGUUUUAUGUCACAUGAUCUCAAAAUAAAUGGAGAAAACGAGGAAGUAACUCUGGAUAAUAUUGAGGAAUAUAUUGAUCUAGUCACAGAUUUCUGUCUCUCUAGUGGUAUUAGACGACAAAUGGAGGCUUUUAAAGCUGGAUUUGAUGUAGUUUUACCGUUAGCAAAGUUACAUGCCUUCAGUGCUGGAGAGUUAUCUACUAUGUUAUGUGGUGAACAGGCUCCCACGUGGACUAAAGAAGAUAUUAUCAACUAUACCGACCCUAAGUUAGGUUACACACGAGAAAGUCCUGGAUUUCAGAGAUUGGUCAAUGUUUUAGUAAGUCUUUCACCAGAUCAACGAAAAGCUUUUCUACAGUUUGCUACUGGAUGUUCUUCCCUGCCACCAGGGGGACUUGCUAACCUUCAUCCCAGAUUAACAGUCGUUCGUAAAGUAGACGGAAACGACAGUAGUUACCCUUCCGUUAAUACCUGUGUUCAUUAUCUUAAACUUCCCGAAUAUUCAUCAGAAGAUAUUUUACAAGAAAGACUUUUAGCAGCGACGAAGGAGAAGGGUUUCCAUCUAAAUUAAAUGGAAGAAAUAUCUUCAAGCGUCCAGACAUCUAGCUGACGAGAAGUUAGACGUCUUUUCUCUCAUUGACCAUCCAUAGAAGUUGCAGACUUCUAGUUGAAAUGGAAUACGAUUUUUUGCAAGCAAUUAAAGAGAUAAGUUAUUUGCCGUGAUAAUUUAAGACUUUUAGAGUUAAUAAAACUCUGAUUUUAAGGAAAUUUCCGAUUGAUGUCCGAUUUCGUCAUUAUGACAAGUUUCAAAUAAAGUUUACGAUCAAUCUUCGAGAUAUUUGAACUAUAUUUGACAACUUGUUUAGGAGACGGAACAUGAAAUCAGUUGAUGUAAAGUUGACGUAAAGGUCGAUUAUAAGACCUAAUUGUGAUACAAGCCUGUGCCCUAUAUGCGGCACAUUUGAUUUAAGAUAUUCGAUAACUGUGCCACUUUUUAAGUUAUAUUUGCAUUUAAAUGCGUAUAUAUAUAUAUAUAAUAAUAAUAAUAUUGGACUAUGUUUUUUUUUCUAUUGAUACAUAAUUAUGCUGCCUAUAUAAAGAUGUUAUAAAUAAUGUUUGUACUUAUUUAUCUGUUCUGAGUGGUUUUAAAUAUUAUUGGGUUUUUGAUUGCAAAUUAGGUGUGAUUUUACUGCAAAUGACUUUUUUUGUUUUGUUCUCUCUUGGAGAAUUCAUGCUUUAGGCUAAUAUUAUCAUGUCUUUAUUUAUUUGUCUUGUCUUCGUAAUAUUUUGUAUCCGUCUGAACGGUUGUGUUAUUAAUCUCAUAAAUCUUUAUGGUAUUAAUAAUUGAAAGUAUUCUUAAAGUCUCUGGGCGUAACUUGAAUUUUCCAGAUGUAACUUCCCACCGCUUAAUGCAUGCUAAAAUGUACUCAAAUUGAUUUUUUAUUUUCUUAUUUAAAGAUACAUUAUUUGAGAUGGCAUUUCUCACUAUAAUAGUUAAAAACUAAAUAAUGUAAAGAGAAUUUACUGAAAAUUUCAGUCAAAUUGAUCCACUCUGAACCGAGAAUUUAGGAAUUGAUUUUUGGGCCUAGCCUCGAUCAUCAUUACUGAAGUCGAUUUGAUAAAAUACAUAGUCUGGAUUAUCCAUUUCUUGAUUUAAUUAUGAAUGAGCGUAGAACAGCAAGUCGGAUCCUAAUAUUGCAGGCUAGGGAUGACAUCGAGAGUUGAUUAUGGUCUGGAUAUGUUAAUUAAUGGCUAAUUAAUAAUUUUUAAAGACCUGCUAAGUCAGAUAUAGCUCUUGCAUAAUGUAUGUUUAAUUAAUCAUUUUAAGUACAUUUGAGCAAUUUGAACGGCAGAUAAUCUCACUGCUCAUCAAUAGAUGGUAGCGAACAUUAUAGGUGACACUGGGUUUCGACAAUAUCAAAUGUAAAUACUAAACGGAGCGAAACGGAACCGUUUUUGGAUUCAUCAAUCUCUCAGAUGAUGUGCACAAGACAUUUUAUUUAUUAAAAAUGUUGAUAACUUAGGCCUUGCAGGUAUAUUUCAAUCAUUGUAAUAAUUUAAGAAUUUGUAGAAGCUUUGUUUAUUUUAAAGGUACUGUACACAUAGAUGGAUAUGAAAUAUCUAUUUGUUUAAAUAUAGUUGUUGAAUAUUAGCCGUGUAACAGGUGUUUGCGUUGAAAUUAUACAUAUAAGGACUUGGCUUUGUCAAUACUCGCGGUACAAUAGGAUGUCACUAUAGCACAGUUUACUACACACGUGCAGAGGUUCUGUGAUGCCUGGUGCCCCCAAGACUCAAGUACUAGUACUCAGUAAGAAAGGAUGAUAUUUUAAAUAUGUCUGAACAGAAGAAAUAAACUGUUACGUAAGGGCAGCCAGCUUGCUUGUACAGCAAAGUUGACAGCUGUAAUUUCAAAUUUAAACAAAUUUGAUUGGAUGUCCCCUUUGAAAUGUACGCCCAGGGCCACACCCGCCUCUCUGCAUGCCACUCCUUAUAUAGUGUUAUGUUAGGACACUUGUGUAGAUUAUACAGUGUUUAUAGUGAAGUCCUUGUGUAUAUUACCAAUCUGUAAAUUCUGCUUUUGUUAAAUAAAUCAACUAUGUAUCAUGUGACGGUUAACAAUCCCAUUCAUAAAAUUCAAAUUAUAUCAUUUUUAUACCCUUUGUUUUUUACAUUUAAUUGUAUUCAUUUCUUGAAACUUCAAUACAUUUUUCCUUCAUUUGUGGACUUUGUCUAAAUUGAGGAACAUUAUUUCAUUAUGUCUAUUUUUAGGGGGUUGGGGAGGAGAUAAGGUUGGUUGGGGAGUUGAGUUUUUUUUCUAUACGGAAAUUCAUGUCAUGAUUUCUGGGAUAGAGUUGAUAAAACUUGUAAUGUCCUAAUACGGAGCCUGGGAAUUUCGAACCCACACAACUGGCUUAAAAAUAGACUAUAUACAUUACACCACAAGUUUUCAAAACAUUAUCCAGAGUUAUCCACCCUUUUGAUUAGGUUGUCGUAGGGUUAGUUAAAGGUGAAAUUUUCCAGUGUGACAAACAGUAAUCUAAAGGGGAAGAUAACUCUUGUAUUAGCUUCAUUUCCCAAUCUCUUUUAUAGAUUUUAUACACAUAUAUUUUAUAGAUGUUUCUAUUCAUUUUCAUUAUUCUUACAGGUUAUCAUAUUACAAUUAAAGUCAUUGAAUUCAACUGCUUAAAUAAGAGUUAUGCCCCUUUAUUGUCUGGAAAAAAUGUCUGACAAGAAAAAUUUGGAAAUGGCUACAAUGUUCUAUAUGCUGACCAGAGUUGAGCCAUUUUUGGACAGAUAUUUGAGCUGAUAUUUUCCAUCGAGUUUCACAAUAUUUUAAUUUGCGAGGGACUCUAAAUCCCCCAAAUUACGAUCAAUGGCUUUAAAGAAGUAAGGCUGUAUAAUAUAUUAAAGGAGGAUGGCAGACUACAAUCCCAGCAAUCCCAAUAUUAUUGAAUGUCCCUAGAACUGUUUUUCUAUGCAGUGAUUAUUUCUGUGAAGACUAUGUAAAUCUAAUGAUAACGGGACAUUUCUGUCGACACAUCAAUUUAUCUGUUUACAUGUUGGCAUGGCGAUAUAUAUAUGUAUAUGAUUUUCUUUGUCAGGAAAAUUGUUGAAUUAGGAUUAGGAAAUAUAAUUUAAUGAUAAUGUCAUUUCAUUGGCUGAAAACUCAUUAACGAUUUAUUUAGCCAAUAGAAUAACAAUAUCAUCAGUAGUUUUUGCACAAAGUUUUUCAUUCAUCAGUUUGUAAAUAAAAUUGAUGUGUGGACAUAAAGACCCGGGCCCAUUCACAAAAACUUAAGAUAAAGUAUGUUAAGAAUGCUGUCUUUUCAGUGGCUAAUAAAAGCCAAAGGAUUUUUACAAUAAACCAAUGGAAAGACUUCAUCUUUAAUAUAUUUUAGAUUUAAUUUUUCCUGAAUAAGCCCAGUGUUUAUAACUAGAUAUAUAUUUAAUAAUGUUUGUGUGUGAGAAUAUAUAUGUAUAUGUGAAGUGUGAAUGAGAACAAGAGUGACGAUACUAGGAUUUUAGACAAACCUAGAUAAAAAUCGUAAAUAAUAUCUAUAUAUGUUCUUUUAGCUAAAUAAAGAACUUAAAAAUAA